AUGGGCUCCCACGUCAGCGAAACCCCGGCCCUGGCCACGAACCCAAACUUCAUCUUCUUCACCGACUUUGACGGCACAAUCACCCUCGAAGACUCCAACGACUUCCUCACAGACAACGUAGGCUACGGCUACGAGAACCGCCGCGCGGGCAACGUCCUCGUCCUCGAGGGCAAGAAGCACUUCCGCGACAGCUUCCAGGAGAUGAUGGACUCGGUCAAGCUCCCCUUUGACCAGUGCAUCGAGUACCUCAAGAAGAACGUCAAGCUCGACCCCGUCUUCAAGGAGUUCUACACCUGGUGCCGCGCCAACAACGUCCCCGUCGUGAUUAUCUCCGGCGGCAUGCGGCCUAUUAUCCGCGCGCUGCUCGUGCAGUGGCUCGGCGAGGAGGAAGUCGAUGGGCAUAUCCAGAUUGUGAGCAACCAGGUUGCGCCGCGCGAGGGCAAGGCCAGUAUCAACGAGGAAGGAGGGUGGCAGAUUGUCUACCAUGACGACAGCAUCCAUGGACACGACAAGUCGAUUGAGCUGCGCAAGUACUCGUCGCUGCCCGAGCGGCCCGUCAUGUUUUAUGCUGGUGAUGGUGUUUCUGAUUUGUCUGCUGCGCGCGAGACGGAUUUGUUGUUUGCCAAGCGCGAUAAAGAUCUCGUCGCCUACUGCGAAAAGGAGGGCAUCUCCUUUGUCACCUUUAACGACUUCUCCGAUAUCCUGUCCACGGUUAAGCAGAUUGUUGAGGGCAAGCUCAGCGUCAAGGACGCCGCGCGGGGACGUAUCCACUAG